UUUCUAUAUUUUUUGGAGAAAAUAUAACUGUCCAGGAAAAUCACGCCGAAGCUCCUCUCGCUCGUUCUCUUUUAAUUCCAAUCCCGAAAUCUGUCAAGGUUAAACUUUCGGAUUGAAAAAGAGAGGAAUAAACAUUGAAACGGCUUGUACGAUCUUCGAGUUCUCGAUGCAAUCAGAAUCGAUAUCGGAAAAGGUUUUGGUGCUUGAAGAAGAGGAGGAGGAGGAAGAAGAAGAUAGUGAAAUCGUUACGGUUGGGAUUGGUUUCCGAUGAUUCCUCCGAGAAGGAAGAAAUGGACCGAGGCGGAGGAGAAAACCCUAAUCGACAAGUACGGCGAGAUGGUCGCGGACGGUUCGCUGGCGAAGAUGAGAACUCGCGAGAAGAAGUUCAAACCGAUCGCUUAUCACGUGAAUUCUGUGCACCACCUUCGCGAUCCCGUGGCGUACCCUUGGCAGUGGAGUUGGAAGGACGUUUCGACGAAGGUGCAGAACAUGAGGCACCAGUAUCUGCUGGUGAAGCAGAAGAUCAAGAAGCCAGAGUUUUCGGCAGGGGAUUGCGAUGGGAGUGAGUUUGAUUGGGUAGAAGGACUCACUCAUUGGUCUAACUUUCUUAGGUACAAGGAUGUGUUUGGGGAUGUUGCACUCGUUGGUGGUAGUCAUGGUGGUAAUGAGUUCAUGGUAAUUGCGGAUGGGGAUGGGGACCAUGGAGAUGGGUUUCUUGCUGCUGGUAGCGGCGGCGGGAGUGGCAGUGGUGGUGGUGGGGGAAUGGAUAUGGUUGAAUUUGGUCAGAUGGGUCAUUCCGGGGAUGGAGAUGGGGAUGCAGACGGCGAUUUUGUGGCUGCUAUGGAUGGGGUUGACAAUGAGGUGAUGGGUUUGGGGUUUGAGUAUGAUGCUGAAGAAGGGGAGGUGAAUUAUAAUGGGAGCGGUCAGGUGAGAGAGGAUGCGGAGAAUGGUUUUGUUUAUGAGGAAGGGGAAAUGGCGGGGUCGAACUUGAAGAAGAAGAGGAAAGUGGUGAAGGGGAUGGAAAAGAAGGCGUGGAGGGUUCUUGCUAACCAGCUAGGGCAGUUGAGGGAUAUGGAGGCUCGGUUUGAGCAACGUGAGGUGGAGAGGGAGCGAGAGAGACAGCGGAGGGAAAACUUACGAGUGGAGCUUGAUAAGCAAUGGGAAAAGAAACUGGAGGAAAGGGAAAAGGAGAGGGAGGAGAGAGAGAAGGACAGAGACAAGCUGAGGAGGCAGAAAAUGGUUGAGUGGGAAGCUAUAGAGAAGGAGAAUGAAGAGAUGGAAAGGAAAAGGAGAGAGGAAGAAUUAGUUCAUGAGAGGGAAUGGGAAGAGGGAAUGAAUUGCAGGAGGCUAGAAUGGAAGAAAAGGUUUGACGAGAUGCUGAGCCAGCACCGAGCAGAAAUGGGCCAGAUGCAGACUCGGAUUCUUCAUGAGCAACAAAAUCUCACUAGCCAAUUACUUGGUAUAUUCUCGCAGUGGACUGCCCAACCUGCUGGCUUAUCUGAUCAUACUAGUGCUAGCAACCAUUAUCUUUCACAAAUGAUGCAAAAUUUGCAUCAUGUAAAUGGUAUUGUUCAUGGUGACACUAGGGUUGAGGGAGAUAAUCAAGAAGAUCAAUUCAUUGUUGAUGGAUGAUACAUCUCUGCCAUUUUGUUUAUGUGUGCUGGGGAGUCCUGGAACAUUUCUGUUACAAGAGAUGGUGUAAAGUGCACAUAACUGUUGAAUGCAUUUUUAAUUGUACUUUAUUCGAUUAGGUAUGAUUUGUAUACUGCCUCUAGUUUAUAAUAUUUUAGUGUAACUAAUUGAUAUAAAUAAUGCUUUUUGUUUCUUGUUUUCAUCUGUAUUGCACUAUGAGACUGCGAGUGUAAAGGUCACAUUUUUUGUCCUAUACAUCUUUUAAUGCUUCUAUUGAAACAAUCUAUUAUUUGAAUCUUCUAAUAUGUACUACAAUCUAGGAGUAAUUUUCUGUUACUUCUUUAAUGUUGUAAUGCUAAUGAAACAGGAGAUCUAGACUCUGGAGUGGUAUAUUCAUCCUUUGUUAUUUUUUCCUGCCAUACUUUAACUAAUUUCAUAUCCUAUAUAUAUACAUUCUUUCUAUGUAUUCAGUAUAAGUUAAUUCUGGCCUUGUUUUCAGCUUUAUGCACAGGUCAGAUGUGUUACUAUGUGUUUGGUACAGUGAAAAUUUAAAGGUUCUACAUGCAGGAAAGAAAUUGAGAGAUGUAUUUUGACUUGUCGUAUUUUUAAUUCUACAUUUUCUUUCUUACACUUUUACAGAGUUCACCUGUACUACUCUUGCAUGUAAUCCUUGAAUCUGCUGUGUAAUCUUAUGUUACUGUAUCUUCAUAUAUUGAUUGUAUAGACACAUCUCGUGCCUUGACAGAAAAUAUUCUUUUUAUACCCACCUGUCGCAGUAUGCUUAAAACGGUCUAGUUAUAUCUUGCAAAUGUUAGCAUAGCAUUGACAAGCUCUAAAAUGAUAGGGACAAUGAGCAACUAUGAAGAAAGUACAGCCACCUCCAAAUAAAGACAACUGUUUUUCUGCGGCGGAGUUGUGUAAGAUUCAAAUUUCAUACAUGCUCCCAAGUGCAUGCCGAACUUCUCACGAGCCACGCAUAGAAAACAAGAAUCUUUGCGUGCUUCACUGGAAGAGUCCUGUGAAUCCGUUUUGAGAUAAACCUGGAAAUUUGAAAUAUUUACUGUGUUGGAGUGUCUUACUGAUUUAAUGUAAAGUCCAACGUGUUUGAGUUGAA